UAAAGAAUCCUGCCUUAAAUACAUGCAGAGAAGAGACUUUCCCUGCUGCAGACAUUACUCUGCCGAAGGGAGCUGUGGGAAUGAAUUAUUCAGUGAGAGUUUGGGAGGGAAAGGAAGGGGAAGAGGCAAAAUGGUAGCGGGCGACCAACUCAAGGACUGCGCUGGCGCUGCCCGCCAGGACACGGGAGCCGGAGGGGAACACUGCUACUCCGUGACGCCGAUGCCGUUUCACGGUGACGUGAUGCCCCUUGUUUUGGUCCGCCCGACCAAUCGGACGCGGCGGCUGGAUUCUACGGGAGCCGGGAUGGGCCCUUCGUGGCGGCAGCAGGACUCUCCCCUGCCGACCAUAACGCAUUGCGCAGGGUGCACCACCGCCCGGUCCUCCUGCGGCUUUAACGGCGACGGCAUGGACGCGCCGCGGCAGUUCCCGGCGGGCUUCGGCCCCGACCAGCAGCAGCAGCAGCGCCCGCCGCCGCUGCACUGUCAGGAGCAGCACGGCCAGGACAAGCAGAGCCUCCUCCAGCAGCAGCAGCAGCAGCAGCAGAGCCCAUGCCUCCAGUGCAACAACUGCGCCUACUACGGGGCUGCUGCGGCAGCCGCGGGGGAUAACCUGCCCCUGCUGCUCCGCGCCUCCUCGCCCCUCUCGGGCGCCUUCCGGACUCACUCCUCGCCGCUCUCCUCCGCCGCCUCCUCCCGGCAGGGCAGCCAGCUGAACGUCAGCGAGCUCACCCCUUCCAGCCAUGCCGGCGCGUCCAGGCAGCCUCACCAGUACCCCCAGUACCACCAGUGCCAUAGCCUGCAGCAGCAGCAGGCAGCCAGCCCCAGCAGCAGUGUCAGCAGCAGCAGCACCCACCACCACCACCACCACCACCACCACCACCACCAGCAGCGCCGCGAGAGCAACCCCUUCACCGAAAUAGCCAUGAGCAGCUGCAGGUACAACGGCGGCGUCAUGCGGCCGCUCAGCAACCUGAGCUCGUCCCGCAGGAACCUACACGAGCUGGACUCCGAGUCGCAGCCGCUCCAGCCGCCGCUCGCCAGCCCCGCCGCUGCCGCCGGCGGCACCCCCGCCGCCCCGGAGAUCGUGGUCUCCAAGCCCGAGCACAACAACUCGAACAACCUGGCGCUCUACGGCCCCGCCGGCCCCGGCCCCGGCCCCGGCCCGGGCGGCGCCAACAACGGCGGGGGCAAGCCCAGCAAGAAGAAGAACCAGAACAUCGGCUACAAGCUGGGGCACCGCCGGGCGCUCUUCGAGAAGCGCAAGCGCCUCAGCGACUACGCGCUCAUCUUCGGCAUGUUCGGCAUCGUCGUCAUGGUCAUCGAGACCGAGCUCUCCUGGGGUGCCUACACCAAGGAGUCGCUCUAUUCCCUCGCUCUGAAAUGCCUUAUUAGCCUCUCCACGAUUAUCCUGCUCGGGCUCAUCAUCGUGUACCAUGCACGGGAAAUCCAGUUGUUCAUGGUGGACAAUGGAGCAGAUGACUGGAGAAUAGCCAUGACUUAUGAGCGUAUUUUCUUUAUCUGCUUGGAAAUACUGGUGUGUGCUAUACAUCCCAUACCUGGGAACUAUACAUUCACAUGGACAGCCCGGCUCGCCUUUUCUUACACUCCAUCCACAACAACAGCUGAUGUGGAUAUUAUUUUAUCUAUACCAAUGUUCUUAAGACUAUAUCUUAUUGCCAGAGUUAUGCUUUUGCAUAGCAAACUUUUCACUGAUGCCUCAUCUAGAAGCAUUGGAGCGUUAAAUAAGAUAAACUUCAAUACCCGUUUUGUUAUGAAGACUCUAAUGACAAUAUGUCCAGGAACUGUACUGUUGGUUUUUAGUAUCUCGUUAUGGAUAAUUGCUGCAUGGACUGUCCGAGCUUGUGAAAGGUACCACGAUCAACAGGAUGUUACUAGCAACUUCCUUGGAGCAAUGUGGUUGAUUUCAAUAACUUUUCUAUCCAUUGGAUAUGGUGACAUGGUACCUAAUACAUAUUGUGGGAAAGGAGUCUGUUUACUCACUGGAAUCAUGGGUGCUGGGUGCACUGCACUGGUGGUAGCUGUGGUGGCAAGGAAGUUAGAACUUACCAAAGCUGAAAAACAUGUGCAUAAUUUCAUGAUGGACACCCAGCUAACUAAAAGAGUGAAAAAUGCAGCGGCCAAUGUACUCAGGGAAACAUGGUUAAUUUAUAAAAACACAAAGCUGGUUAAAAAGAUAGACCAUGCGAAAGUAAGGAAACAUCAACGCAAAUUCUUGCAAGCUAUUCAUCAAGCUCGGAAAUUAAGAAGUGUAAAAAUGGAACAAAGGAAGCUGAAUGAUCAAGCCAACACUUUGGUGGACCUGGCAAAGACUCAAAACAUCAUGUAUGACAUGAUUUCUGACUUAAAUGAAAGAAGUGAAGAUUUUGAGAAGAGAAUUGUUACUCUGGAAACUAAACUGGAAACUUUAAUUGGUAGCAUUCAAGCUCUUCCUGGACUGAUUAGCCAGACAAUCAGCCAGCAACAGAGGGAUUUCCUCGAGGCUCAGAUACAGAAUUAUGAUAAGCAUGUUGCCUACAGUGCUGAACGAUCACGAUCUUUGUCAAGAAGAAGGAGAUCAUCCUCCACAGCACCACCAACCUCAUCAGAGAGUAGCUAGAAGAGAAUAAGUUAACCACAAAAUAAAGACUUUUUGCCAUCAUAUGGUCAAUAUUUUAGCUUUUAUUGUAAAGCCCUAUGGUUCUAACCAGUGUUAUCUGGGUUCUGAUGUCAGAAUCCUGGAAACCUGAACACAUUUUAGGCCAAAAUGAGUGAAAACUCUUCUUUUUUCCCCCCUCCUCCUCUCAGAUGCACAGUGAAUGCACCUAUUAUUGCUAUAUUAGAUUGUUCCUCCUGUAAUUUCACUAACUUUUUAUUCAUGCACUUCAAACAAACUUUACUACUACAGUAUAUAAUAUAAUAAAAAGGUUAAUUUCUGCACAUAGUUGCUUGGUUACUUGGACUUAACAACUAAAAAAAGCUCACAAUUUAAAGGCCUAAUUAUAAACUUUUAAGAAUCAAAAUUGAAGCUUAAUAAUUAUCUCUCAGUAUGAAAACUAAUUCUCUAAACUUUGCUUGCAGUGGAGGGGGAAAAAAAUCAAUAUUCAUCUAUCAGUGUGCUGUAUAUGUAUAGUCAUUUUAAAAGGUCACUGACAGCUUCGAUUUCUGAAGUGAUUAAUUAAAAAUACAGUUUAUCCUAGAAAAUAAGUUAUGAAGUACGCUAUGGGUUUUUUAAAUCUUCUUAGGGCUGUUGUUUAACAUGCAUUGGUACACACACAUAGAUAAUAUAUAUACAUAUAUACUUAUGUAUAUAAAAUUAUUUAUGCAAUGCCCAUGGCAAAGAUCUUUUAAACUGACUAUUUGUAAAGCUACUGGCAUGCAAAAAGCACAGGUAAAGUCCUGUUCAUUUAUUCAGAGUCUCAUAAUUACGCCAGGUAAGUAUGUCCAGACAGAAGCAUCACUUUCAAGCUGGCAGUCUCCCAUUAAUAUUAUUUGGGUUUUGAAAGUGUUAGGUUGCUAGUUUCUCCACUCCCUUUUUUUGUGUUUAAUGUUUCUGGUGAAUGACUGACACACAGAGUUAUAGUAUACACAAUUGUGUGAUGGCAGCACAGUGUUCUGUAUACGUUAUGUUUGGGUAAUCCCCAUGGUUUCUGCUAUGCAGUCAAGCUUAGCAAGACACUUUUAGCAAUAUUUCCAAAAACUGUUGCAAAAAAAACCUGCUGUAGACUGGAGUUAUGGCAGUGGGGUAUCUGUGAUGCUUUACUUUCAUGCAUAAAUAAUGUGGUCUUCUGCUUUCUUGAAAAAAAAAAACCCACACAGCAUAAUGUACACAUUUGUGAAAAAGAUCUGGCUGACUUUUUGCCUGGUUUAUAUUCCAGAAUAGGAAAACUAAGUAAGCUUAAAUGCUCAGUACAUGCGACUUGCAUUCACAGUUCCUAAUUAUAAACAGAGAAUUAUUUGGCUUCAUGAAAUAUUUUAUAGUAUUUGCUAUUUAUGAAAUAUACUAGUCUCCCCCUUCCCCCUUCCCCCUCCCCCCUCAAUUUACAGACAAGGGUAACACUAUAGCUGAGUAUAACAAGUAGGCUUGUUUCCGAGGAAUGCUACAUCUGCCUAGAAUUAACUAACAUGCAGGUGAAGGAAAUGGGCAUUGCUUCAUGAGACAUCAUGAGUUCUGGGCAGUAGUGACAGGCAGGGAAGAUAGUAAUGCAGAAAGUCAGGGCAGAGCUGUGCUGGACAAGACAGAAGAGCUGUUCUUCCCAGCACCUGAAAUUCCCCAAACCAAAUACAUAAUCUGAAAAACAGCAGGUGCUUUAGGCCUGUUUAAAAUAAAGGGUCUGCUUUUGGGGGGGGUUACAAAAUAUAUAACUGAUGAAUAGAAGUUAAAUCCAGAGGCAUUGCUUGUUUACAAAAAGGUCGAGCGUUACUCCAACACUUUUUAUGUCCUUGAGAAAGGUGAUGACUUUGCAGUAUUUUUCCCCCUAGAUGAGCAGGAGAGUUGCAUGCCUUUGGAGUGCCUUGUUUACCAGGCUAUGGUAUUUUGUGACUGGAAACAAUAAGCAGUAUGCACAGUAUUUGCAGUUCUGCUUUUGUUUUUAUGAAGUUCAUUCCCAAAGAAAAAGAUGGAUAUUACAUAGUGCUAAUACCGUGCUAGCCCACUCCUAAACUACAUCAGAUUUUUGAGUGGUCAUGAGGCCACCCGCUUUACACUCUUGGCAGGAUUAGAAGUAGUGAUUAAUAAUAUUGGAAAUUAAUAGUCAAGUUUCAGAAUUCUUUUUUUGAAGCUUUUUUCUGUCCAUUCUCCCAUUUUUUGUGUUUCAUUUAGAAUAUUUUUCCUGUCAUUGAAUGUGAAAUACACUUGCUGUAGUUUAAAUACAUUCCUUUUUGUCCUGUCAGCUUGAACUAGCUCUUUUGUUGUUUACAUCUUUUUUAUAUUUAAGACAUGGUUUUUUUCUCAUCUGGGUUGUACAACUGGGUUUUUAAAGAACUGUAGCUCCACGUUGAAAAUUCUUGCCAAUCUGUCAGAGUUAAGUUUGAAUUAAGAUCCAGCUAUAAGUAUUGAGCUGGUUUAUUCUGAUGUGAAAGAGCAACUGUAAUCUUUGACCUCUCAAUGUCUUUUACACAGUAGGACGCAGGAGCUUGAACCUACUAAAUUCUUGUAUCAGCUUUAUGCACGCAGGGCUGUGAAAUGUACCAGGAUUAUCCCCAUCAGUAGGGCUCUCUAACAAUCUGCCAAAUUCUUUUGGAUUCCUGUCUUUGUUUUUAAAGCAAAUAACAAAUGAUGACAUCAUGGAAUACUCCAGUUCAAUUUCUUAAUUUACUCUAAAGUUCACUACAAAAAUUUUAUCUGCAUUUUUGGUACUGAUGAUUCUUUUCUUCUAAUACCCGGUUCUGAAAAGCACUUAAGUGCUACAUGUGAAUGCAGUCAAAGAAAAGGUAGAUAUAAACUUAAGUUUAGGAGAGCCAAAGCAGUACGGGUUUGAUUUUCUUACUCCUGAUAAAAAACUCCUUUUAA